AGGGAAAACCCCAAGAUUGUAAAAUGUACAUCAAUCAUUGGAAAAUGUAUUCAUAUUACACUUCUACACUUCUAUACUUCUACGACGCGUAAAUACCAAAUCUCUAUUGUUAUUGUUUAUACUCUCGUUUAAACUGCUUGAGUAUUUUUAACUUAUGUCAGCUACCCCCCCACGCCUCUUUCCCAUCUGUAGUUCCCCCUAUUGACAGGGUCUGCAUAUACCGGGCUCAUGCACUGCCACUGGGUGCAGGACGUGUAUGGGUUUACACGAGUUAGUGAAUUUUGGUAGUGAACGCUAAAUCUAGUAUGAUAGUUUAAGAAAACAUUUUAAUAAAUUUCUAUUAAUUAUACAAGUUUAAAUUAUCUCUCCCAAGGUUUCCCAUAUAUAAAAUCUUCAGGAGUAUUCAACCAACCGAUUUUCAAGUGGGGAAAAGUAUCAAUUUGUGUUUGAAAAAGCGAUUGAAAAAAUGUUCAAGGGAUUUAGAAAGAAGGCUCUGUUACUUCUGUUGACCAGUACGACGUCCAAUGAAUCCACCGGUUCCUCGGGCACCGGGGGUGCCACGACACAGGCCAAGUCGCCCUUUGAGAAGGUGAUCAAGCAAGUGAGAGACUUUGAAAUUGCACUUCAAGCCAUGGAUUUCCUUUUGGAUGAUCGUUCAGAAGAUGGAAUCAAAUUGUUACAAAAGGAAUCAAAACUUUCCUCACGAUUGGAACAACCUCAUGCGAUCUUACCGCUUGCACAGGGGGUGAUGGAGUUCAUCGAGGCCACCUUGGGGUUUGAACUGGAUGUCAUGACCAAGGCCCAUCAUACGUUGGAUUCCGCUGAGCUGGCAUCUUUAAACAAUGGUAAAUAUAAUGUGAAACACAAGUUGAACACCUCCCACAUAUACCCUCCAGGAACCGAGUUCCAGGUGACGUACGCUGAGCUGACGUUGUUGAACGCGUUGGUGAUGCUUCUCCGUGAAAACAAUGGGAUGGUGGAAAGUGCCAAGGCUUUGUACAAGUUGAGGAGAGCAUACCAUGCCUUGGAUGGCAUAUACAAAAAGAUCAAGGAACUGGAGCCUGCGUUUAAGAAAAACUUGGCCAAAUUGGCCAAACAGAGCGCUGCUGCGGGCAAUAAUGGUAGCUCCGGGUUUUCCGCCAGUGUCAGCACCGUUGACCUCCCUGGUUACGACACCUCGUCGCUUUCAUCCACUACUUCUCUUCCAGAAGAUGUCAAGUUAAUGAAGGAUUUGGAAACGGUUUAUCAAAUGAGAAGAGCUAGAAUUGAAGGAACUCUUCUUCCAAAGUCCGUGGAUGCAGAGAAAAUCAAUUUGUUUGAAGGGAGCCUGGCCAACGGUGGUACUCCAACUCCAGACGUUUCUAGAAAGACCAGUAUGUCAAUGUUGAGGGGUGGUAGAGAUCAAACACCUCCGGUAAAUACAACCUUUUUAAGAGAUCCUGCCACAGCAACUGCCACCUCUUCCACCACCGUUCUAGACGUUCCACCACCAUCACUUACCGUUGAAUCCGAUGCUUCUGACGACGAAUUUUGUGAUGCUGAGGACUCAUUCGACACUUUAGAUGGUCCCAACAACAAAGAAGACCCGAAAUUCUUCUUUGAUAAACUGCUGGUGCUGGGGUUGAGUCCAGGCACUGCGAACUUGGAAAUCUCCCCCACCGUCUCGUACACUUCUUCAGACAACUCUUCGUCGUCACCAACACAUCUCCAUGUGUCCACCAUUGACGAGUUCAUCCAUUCAGGGGUGCAACUUUGCUUUGGGAUUCUUCAAGUUGUCCUUUCCUUGAUUCCUCCAACCAUCGGGAAGGUGUUAUCUAUUGUCGGGUUCAGAGGUGAUAGAGAAACAGGAUUGAAGAUGCUCUGGAGAACCGCCAUCACCAGUAGAAACAUUCAUGGAGAAUUGGCUUUACUUUGUCUUUUGGUGUUUUAUGAUGGACCGGUCCAGUUUGUCGAUGUUGGGUACCAACUCCCGGGCCACGAGGACCACCACGUGACCGACGUCAUCAAUAUUGACAAUAGAACCAGUAUUUCGGAACUGGAACUUGACAAGGUUCUCAAGAACCCAUCUCUUUAUACCCCACAAUUGACCACUAGAGCACGUAGACAUUUUCCACAUAACGCGCUUUGGUUGCUUCAAGAGUGUCGUAUUUUGGCAUCCAACGGUAACUUGGCCGAGGCUGCUGAAAGAAUGCAAGCAUUCACUGACGAUCCGGAAUGUAACAUUCAAAUGCAACAGAUUGAAGCCCUCUUGGUGUUUGAUAGGGCCAUGUUUUACUGCUUCAAGCAUGAUUUGGAUGAGGCUGCACGGGAUUUAAUCAGUUUGAUCGAUAUCAACUCUUGGUCGAAGGGGUUAUAUUUGUUUAUGGCUGGUUGUUGUUAUUUGAGUAAGAUGAGACAGCUCAAAAUGAGUAGAGGAUCUGAGGAAGAAAUUUCGAAAUACUCACAAUUGGCCGAAAAAUACAUGAGAAAAUUGGCCCCAUCAUACGUUCCUGGUCAUGCCACCAACACCAAUGUGAAAAAGGGAGGAAUUGGUGGUUCCAACAAGCAAAUGCCAUUCGAUAAGUUUUUGUUGCGUAAAUUGGAUCACAUCGAGGCACGUCAACGUUCCACAGGACUCCCAUUUGUUGACUGUGUCGGGACUUCUCCAAUGCAUGAAUUGAUUUACUUUUGGAAUGGUUAUAAUAGAAUGACUGAAAGAGAGUUGGCACUUACCAUGCAACACCUUUCAUAUUCUGCCACUGCAGGAUCUGACCUUUCACCAGAAGGUCCAAGUCAUGCCAAGAUUGCAGAAACUCCAGAUGAGGCAAUGAUUAGAUAUUUCCUUCAAUCCAUUGCCUUACGGUCACAGGGAGAAGUGGAACGAGGUAUGAAAAUCUUGGACACUCAUGUGAUUUCGAAAUAUGUUGAAUCAGAUACCCCGUUCAAAUUCACCAGAAUGUCAUAUAGUCCAUAUCUUUAUCCAACCGCGCUCUAUGAACGUUCCAUGUUUAUAUGGAUGCUGAGUGUUCAAAACAAGGAUUUCAAGGCAAAGGCCACGAUCAACGAGUGUAAGAGCUGGUUGAAGAAGGCUGAAACAGUGGCAGACAUUGGUGAUUAUGAACUUAGUAAUAGAACUGGAAUGAGAAUCAAAGCCGCUGCAGACAGACUUGAUCAUUUAUAUCAACAAUAAACCAAAUUUGACUAAUCUAAGAAAUGGUUGCGAGCUUCACCUCGGGCAUUCUGUGAUCCACUAACCGUGGUGUCCCUGUUCCUUUAGCGAGGAAAGUCUUACUGCACUGAGUCUCCUCGUAGAGGAGCUAAGCUCCACGCAGUGGCUCUCCCCGAGUAGGGGCCAAGCGGAGCGUCCCGCAGGGGGAGCCUGCUACCAACCCUACGGGGUAUGCAAGCCGCUCCGCUGGCACUCCGUGGGCCACUAGCCGUGGGGGCCUUGUUCCUCUAGCGAGGAAGGUGUCUCUUGAUUUCUCCCUUUUUGUAUCUAGUCUUGGAAAUAGAAGAUAUAAUCAAUGAUAUAACAUUAAUUU